UUUGAGGUUUAAUUAAGUGAAUUGAGCAAAAAGGGCUGUAAUAAAAGAAUCAUUUUCAAAGCCUAAUGUUUUAUUUUAUCGACACUGUAACAUUGAUUUCUGUACAAACAUAUGUCGGUAAGAUAGAAAACUGGACAAACUUUACCGACCAGAUGGCGCCACAUUAAAAUGCUCGGUAAUUCCCGCACUUUUAACGCUUUAAACGAACCUAACCUUAAUUUUUAUUAUUGUUAACAAUCACUUUGUUUACUGUAAUUAAAAUAUAAAUAAGUCAUUGUUGUUAUUCCCGUUUUCUCUCCGAAAUAUACAUUUUGGAAUUAAUAAUUUGUUUCAGUUUCAUUUCAUGGCGGCUAUAUGUUGACAAUAAUCUUCAAGAAUUGAAGGAAUAGAUUAAUUCAAUGGACUAUCCAAAAGACUGUCGACAAUCAAAAAAACUCAACAAAUUAUGUCUCUGAAUUGUUGAUUCAGAUGUGAUUUUCACGUCUGCUUGGAAGGCUUUUAUAUAAAUAAAGGAGUGAGUUAAAUUUGAAGAGGAUCGUAGUAAUUAUGGAUGAAUGUCAUGGAACGACGUAUGUUCCGGAAGUAGAGGAAGGUUUACGAAAGGAGCAGGAACGACGGAUUGUACAGGAAGGAGCUUUCUUGUGGAAGACGCGAAAGGAGGAGCUUCAACGUCAGAAACACCGCGAGCAACAUGAAUUGCAGGCAAUGUUGGAGAGUUAUUCACCUUGGGGAAAACCUGGUGGUGGUGCUCCAUGCGAGACAACUUUGCGGAAAAAGAAUGUGCCACUCGAGCCAUCAGAGCGAGUAAACACUCAAGAUAUGGGAUGGAUGACAAAGUCUGCUAGGAAAAGUAUGCAGUCUAUAAAUCCUUUGGCAUCAACUGAGAUGAAUAAAUUGUACGAUGUUGGUGCUCGUAGAGGAAUUACCCCGGACCCUCAUCCAGAUCCUAUUACUGAACGCAAUUCAGGGAAAGCGUAUAAUGAGGAGGUUCAGGUUUAUCGCCUCACUGGUGGCGUCGAGUUGGUACCACUUCUGACAUGCAGGAGGCAUUAUUCACAAUCGCAACCCAUCCGACAUCUCAUCACUGACGCCAGAAAAUCUAGUUACACUUUAGAAACAUUGAGAGAACUCGCUGCUAGCAAUAGAGAAUACAUAGCAGAGCUCGGGGAUCAAAUAAGACGAAAACGAGAAAGAAAUGUGAAUUUGAAAUUCGACGGACCACUCGCAAAGAGAGAGAGAGAGAGAGUGAGUGAGUGAGAGAGAGUGCCUGAAACUUUUUUCAUAUCAGCAGCCAAAAUUAUCUCGCGUUUCCAGAAUUGCUUGGUGAGUAUGUAUUUAGUUUGAAAACUUCAAGUACUCUUUCAACUUCAUGAAACAAGCGAAACUAACUGCCUUCUUCAAAUAAACUUU